AUGCCUACGACGACGACGACGAGUCUUACCGAUUCGAAAUACUUUACCGUCACUUGCGUCUUCAUACUGCUACUCGCUUUGUUCCCCGGUCUACCACAGUUUCUCGUCGGACUACCACUCUGCGCCUUGAACCUAGCCAUUUCAGCAACAACCCGUCAAUCCUCUUCUUCAUCUUCAUCAUCGUCGCCCAUCGUCAGUUGUCCUUUGAAUAGCCUCAACAACGACAACAUGUCUACUUCUUGGUUCCAAAAGACCUUCACCCUACCCUCCAAGUCCAGAGGCUCGUACCUGAUCACCGACCAUGUCGAGUCCUCUCUGCCCGAGAUCAAGGACUACAAAGUCGGUAUCCUGAACCUCUUCAUCCAACACACGUCGUGUGCUCUGUCGUUGAAUGAAAACUGGGAUUCCGACGUGAGGGAGGACAUGAGCGACGCCCUGGACAGAAUUGCUCCUGAGGAUCGAAAGGGUAACCUUUACCGACACUCUGCCGAAGGUUUGGAUGAUAUGCCGGCACAUAUAAAAUCAGCAUUGGUGGGGGCGAGUGUGACGAUCCCCAUCACCGACGGUACAUUGAACACUGGCACGUGGCAAGGGAUUUGGUAUCUAGAAUUUCGGGCUUCGAAACACACGAGGAAAGUGGUUGCCACGAUUCAAGGAGAGAAACGAUGAGAAGAGGCACAGUCGUCCUCAACUUCUCCAAAGUUGGUAUUGCAGAAUCACAAUGUCUAGCUAGAAUCAGCUAGAAAAUCAAAAAUAAUCCCGACUUGAGAAGGAAAUCGGCUUUCUUUGAAACAAAAAAAAGGAGAGGAAGUGAGGUGACAUGUUAUUAUUGUCCUGGGCAAAGGGGGGCAAGGGAGGCAGAAGAAGAGGGGAAAGGUUAUACAAUACACGUUGUGUUUCUUCUCUUUUGUUUUUGGUUGGCUGUCCAUCACAUAAGCCCAUGUGAUUUCACUCUGAGCCAUCAUUGAAGGGUCUUGGUGAUUGUUGAGGAAAGAUUCACGGGAUCAAUUGAUGGUCGAGUGUUUGUUUGCGAGGCUGGCCAGCGUGCGAAUUCAUCUACACUGCCCGAUAGACUGGUAUAUGUACAUCCUCAAGCCUCAGCCAAGAUAACCCAGAUCAAAGAUAGCCUUAUCG